AUGGAUCUUAUGUUCGAAAAUUACAAAAAUGAAUUGGAAGAAUAUCUUAAAUUUCAAUUAGACCGUUUUUCUUUCAAAAAAUUUAUGAACUCAAAAAUGCGCUUUUUUCAUUGAAAUCGUACAUAAGAAGUAAAUUUCAGCCCCUCGCAACGCGGCGUCCCAACAGCCCAAUUCGGCGCCGACUUGUCCCGCACUGUGAACUAUGGAGGCGGAGCUGGAGCUGGAGCACGUCUCUCGCCGUCGUCUCAGCACUCGACCGGAUCCGGUCGCCAGAACAACUAUGACGCCCGGCAGAUCGACGUCCAAGUCGCGCCGCCCCCGCCGCCGUCCAACCCGCCUCCUUCCGCCAAUCAUUCUAAUGGUUCGCCUUAGAACAAGAAGAAUGUUCUCAAUGGAGCACACUUUAAACUAAAAAUGAGCUUUGAGCCUUCUCACGGCUUUUUUUGUCGAAAUCAUGCUCCAUUGAGAACCAACUCCUUCAAAAAAUUUCAACUAACCUGUCAGUCUUCAGUCGCGUCUGCAUGUGCUUCUUCGUCCCUCGUCCCAUGUCCUUGUCUCAAACUUCCAUGUUCCGUGUCUUUUUCAGAAUCACGAGUACCCAGCUCAGUCCGCGACGCGGUAUCGCCACGCCGAAGGGGAAAAAUACCCCGACAAUGGCCUCCGCCAGCGACGCCGGUCCAGAAUAG